GGUUUUUGUUGUUGUUGAGACUUGAGCGAGUCGAGAGAGAGAGAAGCGGAUCGUUAAUGGAGAACUGGCUUAGAAGAAGCUAUGGGAAGCUGUUUUCGCUAUCUCCGGGAUUAUGAUUACUCUCGUCAUCUAUGGUCUUCUCCAGGAAAAGAUUAUGAGAGUGCCAUAUGUGCUGAGCAAGGAGUACUUAAGCACUCUUUGUUUCUCGUUUUCUGUAAUCGACUCACUACAUCAGCUGUUUCUGCUGCUGCUUUACUGGCCCUCAAGUAUGUGAGUUUUCCAAUCCAAACUCUGGCGAAAUGUGCCAAAAUGAUACCUGUAAUGGUUUGGGGAACUCUCAUAAUGCAGAAAAGAUACAGGGGAUUUGACUAUUUAGGGGCUUUCCUCGUAACACUUGGAUGCUCUGUCUUUAUUCUCUUUCCGGCGGGAGAUGAUAUUAGUCCGUACAACAAAGGAAGAGAAAACACUGCCUGGGGUGUUUCUCUUAUGGUUGGUUAUCUUGGUUUCACCAACGAGCUUCACUCUGAGAUCAUAUGCCUUAUAUUGCAAGGGCAUUUACUCCCAGCAGUGGACUUUGUUUCUCGGCAUAAGGAUUGUUUCUUCGACAUCGCUUUUCUUUCCACUGACAUCUGGAGCUCUAACGUUUGCUGCGAUAAUGACUACAAGACAGCAUCAUGCUCCCCUGCAUUUGGUUCUCGCACCCGCUUAGCUGGGAGCAAUGCAUUGGAUCCGCAUCUGACUAACAAAAGCUAUGCGGUUUCGGUCCCAACAGAAUCUGGUAAACACAAAGUGUCGCAGGAACACGAGAAUCUCAAGGUACCAAUACCGAUAUGGAUGUCGCGAAAGCGUUCUCCAACAUCUUACAGCGUCAGGUUCGAGUCUUUCACGACCAUGAUGAAUCUGGUCAACGAUGGUUACUACGAGUCUCGACCUUUCACCGCCGGUGGAUACAACUGGACGUUCCUAAUCUACCCAAAGGGGAUUGCGAAGAACAAUGUUGUUUCGGUUUAUGCAAGAAUCGAUACGUCAAGCAUCAUCGGCGAUCGACAAGAUGUGUAUGCGGAGCUUAAGUUCUUCGUCUACAACCGUUCCACUGGCAAUUAUGAUUAUUACCAAAGCGAAUGUGAGUUUGGAAUAGACGUCUUCGUUACUUCACCCUUUAACAACUGGGAAAAUUUCUCCUCUGAUCAAAAUUUCAGAGACUCACAUCAGGAAUCUGGUAAACACAAAGGUAUGGUUGACAACCUCAAUAGUGAUACAUUGUCGGAGAAAGACGAGAAUCUCAAGGCACCAGUACCAGUAGGGCUGUGGCGAGAGCGUCCUCCAACAUCUUAUAGCGUCAGGUUCGAGUCUUUCAAGGCCAUGAUGGAUCUUGUCAAGGAUGGAUACUACGAGUCCCAACCUUUCACCGUCGAUGGUUUCAGUUGGACGUUCCUAAUCUACCCAAAGGGGAUUGAGAAGAACGGUUUUGUUUCGGUUUAUGCAAGAAUCAAUAACUCAAGUCUCUUCGACGAUGUGAAAAAGGAACCGGUGAUAUUUCAUCCCAUCAAACCGGAGUGGGGUGUGGAGAAUUUUCUACCAACGCUCUUCUUCGAGGUUUCAGGACCAAAUGGAUUCAUGUCCGUGAAUGGUGAAUGUGAGUUUGGAAUAGACAUCUUCUUUGCUCCACCCUUUAACCAGUGGGAAAUUUUCAGCUAUGAUGAUCAUAUUAGCGAUCCCAUUUUCAAGUGGCACCUCACCAAUUUCUAUACUCUCGAUAUCGAUUCUUACACAUCCGAGACGUUUUCUUCCGGAGGCAGAAACUGGGUAUUGAAAGUGUAUCCAAGUGGAAAUGGUGAAUAUUUGUCACUCUACUUGUUGAGUGAGCCUAAUGAAAAGGAUUACGUUCGAGCUACGCUACGAGUUCUCAACCAAAUCUCAUCCAACAAUAAUGUGGAGAAACAUGUUGAGGGAUGGGCUAAUGCAGCAAAAACUGGAUGGGGCUUCGAGGAGUUUAUACUUAUUUCAGAUCUUAAAGAUAGAACCAAAGGUUUCGUUGUGGGAGACUUGCUCGAGAUUGAAGUCGAGAUCAUGGCCUUCUCCAAAACGAAGCACUCCAUCUAGGGUUUAUCAUUUAUGAUGAGCCCAAAAAUAAAACUACUUUUCUUUUUCCUUGUAUAAUAAUAAUAAUGCCAUCUCGUGUGAGAUUCAAACCAGAGAGAUCUAUCUCUUGACAAAACUUAAGACAUUUUAUCGGUUGAGCCUAAGCCAUGUGAGACAAACCUAUCUCUUUUAUUGUUUAUAUGUCCAAAAUAAUAAAGGUUUCUGCUUGUUUUCUUUUAUCACAAGGCUACUCUUGUUUGUACUUUAUAUGUUCAAAAAUAAUAAAGAGCUUCAAAUACUUUUUCCAAAUUAUUUGACAUCCUCCUAAUUUCUUGUGUCAAAAGAAAAGGAUUUUCUAAAAAAUCGUUGGCGCUAAAUAAGAGGCAAAAAACGGCAAGGUGUUUUAUUUAGAGACCAAAUGAAAUGACGCGCUCGUCACAAUCCAAAGUUUUUUUAUUUAAAAAGCUCCAAAAGAAAAAGAAAAAAAAUCUUCGUCAAGUCUCAGCAAAAGCAUAAACAAAAUGUCAACAACCUCAAAAUGUUGUCAAGUUUCUUCCUUGUUCAAUCUGCCAAAGGAUCUUUCUGCGAAUGUUCUCUAUUCCUGUGCUUUCUUCUUUGCUAAGGCUUCUUCAUCGAGGAUUUGAAUAGGAGAACAGUUAGGCAACUUGAUUGAAUCCAUGUUACAGAAGCUCUCUAGCAUUGGAUUUGCUCUAAGAGCAGUGUAAUCACAUUGCUCCACGAAGUUUUUUUUUAUCAUUGCUUAGCUUGUUUGGAUCGAGUACAACAUAUCCACUAUCAGCCAGGUAACAGCAUAUAGCAACUGGAAAAUGAAAACGCUGAUGAAGCAAUUAGAAGAAGCACACAAAGUCAAUAGAUAAGAGCAUAAAGCACAUAAUUUCAUAGGGAUUCCAGCAUCUACACGAGCUGCACAUGCUGCGUUUAUGGAAAAAGCAACCAAAGCUGUCUUUUAAAUCAACACACCACUUAUUUCACUGAAACAUAUUCAUUAUAAAAUGCUUUCACUACUCUAUGAAUGCUCGAAUCGGAAUUUCUUAUACCAGACUGAAUGUUCUUGACAACAAUAUCAGUAAAUGUUUACAGAGGAUCAUAAAAAGGAUACAGAGCCAUCAUCAUUUACAACCUACACGCCAAGCAAAGAAUUGAAAACAUGAGAUACAACUCAAAUCGAGGGAAAUGAGAUUAUUACGAGUGAGAAAAUGAGUUACUUAUCUGAAUUAUCACUGACAUGGUGGUAUUUGGAUUAGCUGUCGAAACACAAAUAGUUUGUAUUGUCUUUUUCAGUAUCAUUUCACACUCCUUUCCAGCAACAAUGUAACUGACCAAACCUGAUUCCAGAUUAUGACAGGAUCAUGAAUGACAGGGUCUUGACCAAACCUGAUUCCAGCUUGACCAUGACUCAAAACCACCUCAUACUCCCCAGCUUUAACAGACCCAUCUUUACUUGGGACGACCUCUCUUCUCAUAAGCACAGUAGUCUACUUCGUACACAGUUGUAUCUUUAUAGAACGUCGAGAAGGUGGUUCUUACUCCUUCCCCUGAAUUAUCACUGACGUGGUGGUAUUUUGUAUCCCCUAAAAUAAAAACCAACCUGCAGAGCCAUCAGGACGAUGAAGGAUGUUUCAGGGACAAGCAAGAGGUCUCAGUUGAUUUGGCGUUCUGCCAUCUUCUCUGUCUAUCUCCAUCGCUCUGAUACUACUUUACACAAAAAGGGUUUUUUACCGUGAGAGUCGCUCCUAAAACAGACAAGAGAAUGUUCUUGUCCGGAUUCCAAAGCGUAAUAACAUUCUCAACCGCCAGAACAGUGCCAUCCCCAGAGAAAGCAGCGGCACUCAUUGGCUUUUGCCUGGAAAUUAUUCAAAGAGAAGAGAACAUAUUGAAGUUGUAUGAAUGUUGAAGUUUCCUAAUGCAUAGAGAAGCUAUUACUUAUAAGAGCCAACUGCUUGAGGCAGUCAAUGAUACAGAGCCCCAAAAAAAACCAACUUCAAGCUCAUCACUGAGUGGACUCACAACAACAAAAAAAUCAUGUAUUUAAAUCGUUCUGACCAAUAUUCUGUCUAGGCUUUUUGAUUCUUUUAAACAAAAACUCAAUCUUUCAAUUCUACAAUACUCGCUACGUCGCAGAUAAAGACAGUAUUGAAAUUUUAUAACUUUUAAAUGAAA